GUACGCAGCGCACGCAGUUCAUUGUUCGCCGGCUGAAGCGGUGGGGUUGUAUUUAUCAGCAAAGCGUUAGUGGGACGGGCUGAUAUUUAGCGAGCUUGUGGUCAGGUGGAUAUCUUGUGGAUUCCCUGCUUUCACACGGAUACCUGGGGCCGAGCGUGGACGCUGCUGUGGAGCCCAACGGCGGCGGCGGCGGACGGUUGUGUGGUGUGAUCGCGCGCGCGCGCGCGCGCCCGGACGAUGUGGAUCUGAGCCGCCGGGUGCAGUGAUCCGCAGCCAUGGUGAGCCACGACAAGAAACUGUACAAUAACUUGCUGCAGAUGGCCAUGCUGGCCAGCCUGCUGCGGUUCCAGCCGGACAUGUACGGCUUGCAGGACCAGCCGGUGGACGGUGACCUGAUCCUGGGUCAGAGCUGGGCCCACACGUCGGCGCGUACGGUGCAUGCGCAGCUGGAACACUUCGCCAGCCACAAGAACAUAGACAAUGUGAUCGAACGGUACCAGGAGGAGCUGUUCGAGGAGCUGAACGCGCUAGGCCGCUACAACCGGAUAUACGCCAGCGACAUUCAGGCGUACCAGGUGCUGGACGGAGAAGCGACGCCGGCCGGCGACGGGCCGACGUCCCCGGAGCCGGCGCCGGCCAACGCCACCGAGCCGCCACACACGACGCUCGACCUGGACCUGGACCUGGACGGUGACCGGGAGCAGGUGGUGCCGCCCGAGCCGGGCCGGCCGGCGCGGCCCGACCUGGCGCCGCUCGACCUCGACCUGGGGCACGGGCUGGAGCGGGCCGACUUCGACGUCUGGGAGAUGAUGGACGCCGACCUGGCCGAGGCCGGGCUAGCCAACGAGCCGCUCGUCGCUGCAGCAGCGGCGGACGAAGAGCUCGUCACAGCCGCGGGAGACGACGCGGUGGACGAGCUGCUCGCCUCGGUUGGACGGAUGGACGAGUCGCCCGUCACAGCCCCAGGGGACGGCCCGCUGGAUGAGCCGCUCGUCUGGGCUGGAUCGAUGGAGGAGCCUCUCGUGACGACAUGGCCCGCGAACGAGUGGGCCGGGGCGUCCAGACCCGCGGACGAGCUCCUUGCCUCUUCCGGACCGGCGGACGAGCUCCUCGCUUCGACCGGAGCGGCGGACGAGCUGGUCGCCUCGGCCGGACUCGUGGACGAGCUGCUCGCCUCGACCGGAGCGGCGGACGAGCUGAUGAUCUCGGCCGGAGCGGAGGACGAGCCCUUCGGUUCGUCCGGGCCGUCGGCCGACUGGCUCAGCGUGGCUGGGCCCUCGCGAUCCAGCUUCAGCACGGACGUGUCGGACGACUUCAUCCAGCUGGAUGCGGACAUGUCAGACGAGGACGCCGAGGCGAUCGAGGUGCUGCUGAAGCAGGACAUCGACCUGGGGCUGACCCGUUGCGACCUCGACCCGGCCCGCUCGCCCUCCGGCCGGCCGCACGAUGGG